AUGCACGUCGCGAUAGGGCACUACGUGUCCUUCACUGGGCUCGCCGGGCGAUUCUCCGAUCUGCAGGCCGGCUCCUCCAUGGGACUCGUCUACCUCCUCUCCGGGUUUGUCAUGGCGUUGGGCUAUGGACAGAAGGCCGUUCGUCCCUCUCACUGGCUCCGGCUGCGACAAGUGCUGCUGCGCCUGCUGCGACGCGGAUUGCUGCUUCCGCCCUUCUGCGUCUCGCGCGCCGACGCGGCAGCCGACGCGCCGAUCUUCGCUGGCCGGCGCUUCUAUGAAUGUAUCUUAUUCCGGGGCCGGCUCCGUGGGGUCGCAAAGUCGACGCUGGGAGUCGCACUCGUCAAACCAUCGCAGCACCACGCGAUCCGCACAAACUUUUUCUGUUCAGCCCGGACCGCGCCAACCGAAACCACUACCGGCCGGCGGGGGUCGCUCACCCGCAUGUACUACGUACUGUAA